UACAUCCUUCUCUUCCCAUUUCGCCCUCUCUCUUUUUACCUUGCACUAUGGCCGAAGAAGCACGCACCGCCACUGUCAACAGAAAAACUAAUGAAACCGAUAUUCAGCUGACCCUGAACCUCGAUUCCAAGUUUGAUCAAAAAAUCGAAGUGCACACUGGCAUUGGUUUUCUCGAUCAUAUGUAUCAUGCGUUAGCCAAGCAUGGUGGCUGGUCGCUUACUUUGCACUGCGAUGGCGAUCUUCACAUUGACGAUCAUCAUUCGGCCGAGGAUACAGCUAUUGCGCUUGGUAUGGCAUUCAAGCAAGCACUGGGUACACCGAGAGGCAUUAAGCGAUUUGGUUCGGCUUAUUGUCCCUUGGACGAAGCCUUGUCCCGAUCUGUGGUGGAUAUUUCCGGACGUCCUUAUGCUUGCAUCGAUCUUGGCCUGAAGCGAGAAAUGAUUGGUACACUAUCCACGGAGAUGAUUCCUCACGUAUUUGAAUCAUUUGCUACCGCAGCAGGAAUCACGCUUCAUGUGGAUGUUCUCAAAGGAUUCAACGACCAUCAUCGUGCUGAAUCCGCAUUCAAAUCUUUGGCUGUGGCCAUCAAAGAGGCCAUUUCAAGAACCGGAACCAACGAUAUUCCUAGCACCAAAGGUGUUCUGUAGAUAAAUGCAUCGUAAAUAGAUGGUUACCCCCUCCCCCACCUUUUCUUUCUUUUUUUUUCGUCGACACAAAUAUAAGAAACUGUAUGAGCCACGAGGUACAGAGUUACUUGACGGGAAUAACGGUAUAAUAUAGUAUCAGAUGCCAUUGAAAAAAUUGCUUAACACCUAUUGCACAUAAAGAAAUAGAUUCAUAAUCUCAUUCCAUUACUGC